ACGACGACGGCAACAAGGUGGCGAAUUUCACCGGAUCGAGUACAACGGGUGGAAAGAUGAGAAGAACGCAAGGUGGCUACAGCUACCAACCACUACCACAGCAAGCUCCGGGGCCCAGCAACGCCAGUCACGAUGCACUGGAGGAGGAAAACGAGCGAAUGGCGGAAGAACUGAAAGGGAAAAUUGGUGCCCUGAAAUCGCUCACGAUCGACAUCGGGAACGAGGUACGGUACCAGGACCGGCUGUUGCGGGGCAUCGACGAGGAUAUGGACCGGACCGGUGGCUUUAUGUCCAACACGAUCAAUCGAGUCGUCCGGUUGGGUAAGGGUGGCCACCGGAACUAUAUGUGUUACAUGUUUCUCUUUGUGUUGGUUGUGUUUUUUGCACUUUACCUAUUACUGAAGUUCCGAUAAUAGU